AUGCUGUUUACCACGGGCAAGGCCUGUCUUCGACUUGUGAUCAAAAUUCAACGCAACUGCAUUGAUCGUGCCAUCAUUAAAUUCCGAAAUCCCGUGUUACCAAGCGCUGAACGGUUGUGUCGCCUGUGUCAAACCAGCUUACAGCACCAACUCAGUAACAUCGACCGCAUGUUUAGCCCACCGGACACCGUGCGCGGUAUGAGAGUACUCGACAGGGAGGCAUUCAAACUCACCGUCAAAGUGCCUGCCCUGAAGAUAAACAAACGAAUAAUAUCACAACUUAUACGAUCCAAAUGUUUCGACGAAUACAUUCUGAAACGGAAGCGGUGUCAUAUCAAGAUCAUGAGAGAUGUCCCAAACGAAGAGAACAAGUUUUGGUUGUUGGAUCCGGAAAAAGUGACCGAUAUGAACUCAUUUAGUGAAGAAACGCGACAGAUCUUGAAGGAUAACAGCGUUGAAGAAAAACUAUACGAGUAUGAUCUUGAAAUUCGUUACAAGGAAUGGUCUGCGGAUGAAAUAUUGAGAUCUGUGAUGCCCCAUGACAUUGAGGUCAUCAGUAGUUUCAGUAGGUUGGGUCAUAUUGCACACAUGAAUCUCAGGGAUGAACAAAUGCAAUACAAGAAAAUUAUAGGACAAGUUAUACUGGAUAAGAAUCCAGGGUUGAAGAUGGUGGUAAACAAAGUGAAUACAAUCGACAACGAGUUUCGUUUCUUCCAGAUGGAACUCAUGGCUGGAGAGGAAACCAGCAUGGUGACAUCUACGAAAGAAAACCACUGUACUUUUGAAUUUGAUUUUUCCAAAGUUUAUUGGAAUUCCAGACUGUCUACUGAGCAUGAUCGUAUUGUUAGUAUGCUUCAAAAGGGUGAUGUUAUCUAUGAUGUGUUCGCCGGUGUAGGACCCUUUGCUGUUCCAGCUGCCAAAAAGGGAUGCAAAGUACUUGCAAAUGACCUGAAUCCUGAAUCAUUCAAAUGGCUGCAGCGGAACGUUAAGUUGAACAAAGUCAACAAUAGAGUUCAAUGCUUUAAUUUAGAUGGCCGAGAAUUCAUAAAAGUUGUUUUUAAAGACAACUACCUCAAACACAUAAAGGAGAAAUCAAAAGAAGCAAAUGAUGAUGCAACAUACCACAUCAUAAUGAACUUGCCAGCUUUAGCUACAGAAUUCCUGGAUGCAUUCAAGGGUCUUUUUUCGGAUGUUUCAGAUGAGGAGAGAAGUCAACUAAAAUUACCCAUGGUGCAUUGUCACUGUUUUUCUAAAUCUGAUGAUCCAGUGCGUGAUUCACGAGAGAGAAUUGAGAGAAUUUUGGGAAGCACUAUUAUGAAUGCAUCUAUCCAUGAUGUCAGGGAUGUGGCUCCCAAUAAAGAGAUGCUGUGUGUGUCAUUCAAAGUUCCUGCCGAGGUCCUCUUUUUAUUACCAAGUGAUGUUGAUGAAGAAAAAGACAAUACAACAUCUCCAAACUAUGCCAGCGAACCAGCUGCCAAGAAGCUGUGUAUUGACAGUGAAUUGUAAAAGUGGAACUGAUAUCCAAAUCAUAAUGACAAAAAUUAUUAUCAAGCAUUACGAUUCAGCAGUUUUUGGUGAAGAGAAGGACAUUUUAUUUGACUCUGCAUCUGUCUGAGUGUUGCAUCAGACUGGUUCCUUUUAUUGGUUUAUAAUGGUGGUUAAUAAAAUGCAAUACUCAUGAAUGAAUAAAAAAUAAAAUAAUAUUUUGUAUAUAUGAGGCAUUAUGGUUUAUGUUUAUAUAACAAUCAUUUAUUAAAGCUUUAUUGGGGUGCUGUGAUUAUUCUAUGA